CCGCCCGCUCCUCGCCAGGGCUGCGCCCUUGCCUCGCCCGGCCAGAUGAUGAACUUUCUGCGGCGCAGGCUCUCCGACAGCAGCUUCAUCGCCAACUUGCCCAAUGGCUACAUGACCGACCUGCAGCGGCCCGAGCCRCAGCAGCCGCCGCCGCCUCCCUCGGCCGCCUCGGGCCCCGCUGCCUCCCCGGCCUCCGAGCGUCGACCGCAGCCGCAGCAGCCGCCGCAGCAACAGCAGCCGCCGCCGCAGUCCGCGGGCAGCAGCUUCUUCAGCUCCCUCUCUAAUGCUGUGAAGCAGACGGCGGCCUCGGCUGGGCUCGUGGAUCCCUCCUCCACCGGCUCCUCGGCUGCCGGCAGGAAGUUCAAGCUGCUCCUGGUCAUCGACGAGCCGCACACCGACUGGGCCAAAGCUUUUCGUGGAAAGAAGGUUCAUGGAGAAUACGACAUAAAGGUGGAACAGGCAGAAUUUUCAGAAAUCAACUUGAUAGCCCAUGCUGAUGGCAAUUAUGCAGUAGAUAUCCAAGUAUUUCGAAAUGGCACUAAAGUUGUCAGAUCAUUCAGGCCUGACUUCGUCCUUAUUCGACAACAUUCAUUCAGUAUGGCAGAAAAUGAAGACUUCCGCAACUUGGUUAUUGGAAUGCAGUAUGCAGGCAUCCCCAGUGUCAACUCCCUGGAAUCCAUCUAUAACUUCUGUGACAAACCCUGGGUGUUUGCCCAGCUGGUGUCUGUCUACAAAACUUUGGGUCCAGAGAAGUUCCCAUUAAUUGAGCAGACAUUCUACCCAAAUCAUAAGGAAAUGCUGACAAUGCCAACGUUUCCUGUUGUUGUGAAGAUUGGACAUGCUCAUUCAGGCAUGGGAAAGAUCAAGGUAGACAACCACUACGAUUUUCAGGACAUAGCCAGCGUGGUAGCGCUUACUCAGACCUACGCCACUACUGAACCCUUCAUAGACUCCAAAUACGACAUCAGGAUCCAAAAGAUAGGCAGUAACUACAAAGCAUACAUGAGGACUUCCAUAUCCGGCAACUGGAAGACAAACACGGGCUCGGCAAUGCUGGAACAAAUUGCUAUGUCAGAUAAGUACAAGCUUUGGGUUGACACCUGUUCUGAAAUAUUUGGUGGUUUGGACAUCUGUGCUGUUAAAGCUGUUCAUGGAAAGGAUGGAAAAGAUUAUAUUUUUGAGGUCAUGGACUGUGCAAUGCCUCUUAUUGGUGAGCAUCAGACUGAAGACAGACAACAUAUAACCGAACUAGUUGUAAGCAAAAUGAACCAAAUGUUGUCCAAAACUCCUAUGCCAUCUCCUCAGAGACCCACCGCCACUCAGCAGCCUCAGAGUGGAUCACUAAAGGAGCCAGAGCCAAACAAAAUCCCACCUCAGCGACCACCACCUCAAGGGGGCCCAGUGCAACCCCAAGGAAUGCAAUCCCAAAGCCAGGAGCCAUUGCAGCCACAGCGCAUGUUCCCCCCUGGGCAGGCAGCAAAGCCCUCAGCUUCCCAGCCACAGCGCCCACCUGGACCUACAACCCAGCAGCCGCGUGCCCAGGCUCCAGCUCCCUCCGGCAGCCGGCUAGCAGUGGAAGCAGAGCCACAGCCACCGCCACAGCCGCAGCCACAGCCUGCUCCCCAACAGAAGCCUCAGUCUCAUCCACAACUUAACAAGUCGCAGUCUUUGACAAAUGCCUUCAGUUUCACAGAAUCAUCCUUCUUCCGAUCAUCCGUGAAUGAAGAUGAAGCAAAAGCUGAAACUAUUCGAAACUUGAGGAAAUCAUUUGCUAGUCUUUUUUCUGAUUAGACAGCUUCAUCUAGUUGCACACAGUAUAUAGUCUAUGAUGUGGAUGUUAUAUAGGUUUUGUUUUCCCUGUGACAAUACCCACCUCUACUGUGCUAACUGUUGUACUAAGCAAUAUGUUAACCUUAAAAAAUAAUGACUUUGAUGGCCUACCAUUCAGGUACAUUAUAUACAAAUCUAUAAAAAAGGAAAGGUUCUAUUAUUAAUACAGAAUGCUAAAUUUUAAGGUCCUUAUCCAUUGUAAUAUUGUGGCCUUACUGUGACUGAACUGUACCAUCCCAUUUGAGACCCCUUUGUAGAACUGUGUUAAUAAGGCAUUGAGCUAUGGGUUUCUUCUUGCUUUACCCAUUCCCAAUGCAUUGCAAUGCAUGUGUAUUUUGUGUGUAAACGUUUUGUACUGCAAGAGUGUAAUCUUGAUCUGUUCUUGCCUCCAAAAUUUAAGAGGCAAUUGUCACUGAAAUUCUCAUCAAGCCUCUUAAAUAGUGUGAGAAAUUGAAGCAUAUUUUUCCUCCUUAAACAGUCUUUCAUCAGCUGAUUGUAGACUUCUGAUGUAUUGCUGAGAGUUAUCAGUACACUAAAUUAAUGUCAUAAAUGGAGUGUGUAUGUACCACUGUAUCUCCUUGUGUCUACUUAAAUUUAUUUCCAAAUUGUAAUCAUAACUGAUUC